GACGAGGGAGGGGUGAACGUUAACAUCCGGGUAACGCGGUGCUGCCACGUCUGGUUCCUGCGCCGCUUCACAUCCGGGAGGUUGGGGCGAGCGUCUCGAGCCGCGGCCGCCGCUUUACGAGUCAAACGAGAAAUUCAAACUGAAACGAAUUUAACGGCCGCGCAACUCCCCGUCAAGUCCCUCGUUGUAGGCCCCGCGAGCUGCGCAUUGCAGGUCCCACCGGCUCCGUAUUACAGGCCCCACCGGCUCGCUGUGACAAGGCCCUGCCCGCGGCGCAGAGUGAAGCAGAGCCGGCAUGUGGCGGAGUGUGUUGGUGCGGCUCCUGUGGGCGCAGCUUUUGCUGCCGCUGGUCCGCGGCUCUGAGCUCACCUUCGAGCUGCCCGACAACGCCAAGCAGUGUUUCUACGAGGACAUUGCGCAGGGCACCAAGUGUACGCUUGAAUUCCAGGUCAUUACUGGUGGUCACUAUGAUGUGGACUGUCGCCUGGAAGAUCCUGUUGGCACAGUAUUGUAUAAGGAGAUGAAGAAGCAGUAUGACAGCUUCACAUUCACAGCAUCAAAAAAUGGAACUUACAAGUUCUGUUUCAGCAAUGAGUUUUCCACCUUCACGCACAAGACUGUCUAUUUUGACUUCCAAGUUGGCGAAGACCCUCCUCUGUUUCCCAAUGAAAACAGAGUCUCAGCACUGACUCAGAUGGAGUCAGCUUGUGUCACAAUGCAUGAAGCCAUGAAAACUGUCAUUGAUUAUCAGACCCAUUUCCGUCUAAGAGAAGCCCAAGGACGAAGUCGUGCAGAGGACCUGAAUUCAAGGGUUGCCUUUUGGUCCAUUGGAGAAGCCCUCAUCUUGUUGGUUGUGAGCCUUGGCCAGGUGGUUCUCCUCAGAAGCUUCUUCUCAGACAAAAGAACCACUUCUACACGUGUUGGUUCAUAACAAGAGUAGUCAUGAUGCAAAAGGUCUAAGCAGCACCUAACAGUUUUUCUGCUCUGACUCGCCUGUUUUGAAGAUUAAGUGCAGGAAGGCUGUUAAGAUUAAAAUCCUUAUUGACUGAUUUUUUUCAUCAUUUUGGACUAUUUACCAGAGAAAAUAUUCUGAGAAUGAAAUACUGUAAUUUCACUGCAACUAGAUGUCCAACCGAUUACAGUAUCAUAGGCUCUAAGCAUUCACUGCAGCACAAAUUUCUAGGUAAUUGAUUACAUUUUACUGAAUAAGAUCUGCUGGGUCUUGAUUAUUUAAUUUGUGCUGUAUUUGUGAUUCCAGCAAUAAGCAAUCUCUCAUCCUUUGCAGUCAUAUUAGUGAAUAUAUGAUUCUCAGGGGACGUUUCAAGGCAUUUAUUUAAAUUGCUAGUUGACUUAUGCAGCUGUAAUCUACUGGACAUCCAGGUGUUUAAAAUCCAGACCUUUCUUAAAUAGCAAGUAGCAAGUGUUUCGAUUUUUCACUAAUCUUGUUUUUGUUCAGUAAAAGUGAUGUAACAGUAAAAAUAAUGUUGCAACUCUUGGGCAUAAAACUCUUCACAUUACAACCAUUUUGUACCUUUUCACUGGAUGUGCACAAAGUUUGUCUAAUAGCUUUGGAUCAGUAUUUCAAAAUAUAGUUCCAACCAACAAUUGUUACAUUAUGGAAAUGCUUCAUCUAUUUUUAAGCUCUUUAAAUUGUCUGGGUUUUAUUGUGCAGCUUUGUCUACAGUGGCAUAGCUAUGCUUAAGGUUUUAAGGUUGUAGUUGGAAAUAUGUGGUUCUGAAGGCAAGACACUUCCUGGUCUUCACUUCAGUUUUCUGAAAGCUUGUGUUUAUGUACUUCUCAACCGCCAAAUGUUGAGUAAAUCAACCAUUAAGGAUUAAAAGGAAGGGGGGAUUCGGGGUUAUUACUAUAUAUGCCACGGUGUAAAUUUAUUUAGGAUAAGAGGAUAAAAGUGAACAGUCCAUGGCAUAUUUCACACAAUGUGAACUGAUAAAAUGUUAAUGAUUUUAUUUAAGGUCAAAUCUUUAUGAGAAGUUGUGCUACAGGUAAAAUUAAAAACCUCAAAACGAUGCUUUAUAUAUUGACUGUUAAACAUUAACAAAUGUAUUAAUGUUUUUUCACAAACGUAACAUUUUGCUAUACUUCUAUCAUUGAUAAAUUCUCAUUGAAUUGGAGAAUACUAACUUGUCUUUGAACUCUUGUUUUCUUGUAGAAAUGUACUAAAGACUGUGUAAACUGAUGAAAUGACCCAGCUAUUGGCUUCAUUUUUUUUCCUCUUCCCUAUUCCUUAAUGUGAUCAAACUUGGAAACAACCAUAAAGGUUUGGCCUUGCACUUACAUUUGUGUACCCAUGGCAGUUUGAAUAGUUUGUUUGCCUUUGGAGAUCUGUCGUAUGGCAUAAGUUGGGCAGAGUGAGUGUCUUCAGAACUAUUAAAUGGAUUAUGGCAGUGUAUCUUCUGCCAAAGAUAAGUACUUCUAACAGAAUAUUACAGUCAUUGUUUAAAAUGUCCUCGGGAUGAGAAUAGUUAUAACUUUCAUUUUCUGAUUUUAUUUGAACAUGUUAAUGCACUGUAAAUUUCUAAGCAAUGGGUGCUUAACUUUAUUUUGUAUGAGUGAAAGGCAGGAUUUGAUUUUUUAAAAAAGAGCAUAAAUCUAUUGAACUGCAAGGCAUUGUGUUGCUAAACAUUGUUUAUAUUGUGUUUUGUAGCUUUGAUCACCGUGCAUGUGGGUCCUACUCACUAUUCAUUUACAGUUCCUCCAAAUCAGACCCUCAAUUUUAGGCAUCAAAAUGUGAAUCUGAUUUGGUAAAGAUUAUCAGAUGUAAGAAUUGAUGCAGACCCUGUGGAAAUUGGACAAUAAAAAAAAAUGAUAAAA